UGGUGGCAGGACCUUCUAUAUUUCCCUGCCAGGCUUCGUGGUUCCUGGACAUUACUUUUGUUUUGUACGUACGGUUGGUGAUUCCGGCUCCUUGGUCGCAAAGAGAAGAAGAAGAAGAAGAGGACGAGGAGAGAAGGGGAGAAGAGGGAUCUAGCUAACUUUUGGCAAACUAAAGAGAGGGUAGCAGACAAAAGAGAGGAGAGAUGGGUUACUGGAAGUCCAAACUUCUUCCAAAGAUUAAGAAGAUGUUCGAGAAGAACGGCAAGAAGGCAGCUGCUGCCGAGGCGUGCAAGUCCUUUGAUGAGUCCAAGGAGGAGAUCAACAAGGAGUUUGAAGAGAAAAAGAUCGAGCUCCAGCCCAAAGUAGUAGAGAUCUAUGAAGCUUCUUCCGCUGAGAUCAAGUCUGUGGUGAAGGACCGCACAGAAGCAGGAGUGAAGGAGAACUCGACGGCUGUCACUAAAUUCCUUGAGGAAUUAGCGAAGAUCGAGUUCCCUGGCUCUAAGGCCGCCGGCGAGGCCGCCACCAAGUUUGGCCCUAGCCACGUCACAGGCCCGAUCUUCUUCAUCUUCGAGAGGGUUUCCACCUUCGUGGUGACCGAGCAGGCCCCGGCCCCUGCCGCCGAGCCAGCCGCCCCCGCCGAGGAGAGCAGCUGCAAAGAGGAGGCAUCGGCAGCCACCGAAGAGAAGAAAGAAGAGGUCAAACAGGCGGAGGAGGCCACCACCCCUCCCCCUCCUCCCACCGAGGAGGCGACCCCCGCCGCGCCGGCCGAGGAGCCGCCAAAGCCUUGACUAUGGGUUCGGUCAUCCCAAGUUCAACUCCAACCCCCAUGGACUUGUACAACUACCACCACCCCACGUUCACAUGAUUUGUUAUUCUUUCUUUCCUCCAUUUACGUUCUCUCUUCUCUCUUUCUUCCUUCAUUUCUUCUACGUAUUUAUGUUGGGUUUUCGUUUUUAUUGCUGCUGUGAAGAAGGGCAAGCUGUGUAGUAUUAUGAACUGCCGCGUGGUAUAUGUUUGGGCUCUCUCACUUUUGGAAGGUGAUUGGGUUUUCUUAUCAUAUUUGUUACUAUUAUCAUCCUUAUCAUUGUGUAGUGUAAUAUCUCAUAAAGAAAUGAACAAAGGAAAGAAAGGCUUCUGAGGAGAGGGGCUGUGUUUGUUUGGGUCCA